CGAAACAUCCUCGCCAUACGCCGAUGCAAACUUGCCACAAACUUUCAGAGCCGUCUCCACGCACAUGAAACCUCAAAAUCUGAACGCACUCGAUGCGCGUGGACCACGAUGACAUCCGUGGAUGGAGGCGACCGUAUCGCUGGCGUCAGCAGCGGCGACAACGAUCAAGGUACCAAGGCGCAAAUUCCCCCGAUCAAGUCGAAGUUCAAGUUCAAGUCGAAGUCGAAGAGGAAAUCUGAUGAGAGGUCUCGAAGCCCAUCAGAAGGAGGUCAUCACGACCGUGAUCGAGAAAGGCAUCACCACCACCAUCGGUCGAAGCGGCGCAAAUCCACACCUUCGACAACAAAGAAGGACGAUCCAUCCCUUUACGAUGACACCCAUCUUCCGAAUGCCUCCUCGGAUCAAUACCUGGACCCUGAUGUUGCGUUUAGAGAAAGUCUAUUCGAUGCUAUGGCAGACGAUGAAGGAGCACAGUUCUGGGAGGGUGUUUAUGGCCAGCCAAUUCACACCUAUCCCGACAUUAAGAAAGGCCCAGAGGGAAAAUUGGAGCGCAUGACGGAUGAAGAAUACACAGCGUUCGUCAGGGCGAAGAUGUAUGAGAAGACGCACCAACAUCUGAUCGAGGAGAAGGCACGAAGAGCUGCUGCUAAGAAGGAAAGAGAAAAGCUAGCAAAAGAGGGUGCCAAAGAGGAGAGAGAGGCCCAGAAAUUCAGAAGGAAAGUGGAAGAGAGUCUGAGAAGGGGCGAGGAACGGAAGACUAGGAAGUCUUGGACAGAGAAAUGGGACGCAUACACCCAGAAGUGGGAGACUCUCGGAAAGGGAGGCGUCAAAGUUGCCAUUGCAUCGAUACCAUGGCCUGUUGAGAGUGGAAGGCGGAAAGACGUCGAGUUGAAAGAAGUCGAAAAGUUCUUCCUCUACGCUCCCUCUGCUGGCCAGCCUACGGAAGCCCAGCUGGGAAAGGUUUUGAAAGCGGAGAGGGUUCGUUGGCAUCCUGAUAAGAUCCAGCAAAAGCUUGGCGGGCAAAACGUCAGUGAGGAUGUUAUGCAGGCAGUGACGGCAGUUUUUCAGGUCAUUGAUCGGAUGUGGUCCGAACUGCGAGAUGCGCAGAAAUGAUAUCUGUGGACCAUGGAGUUUUGGGUUUGGUAGCAUAGCGGCGGCGUUUAGGCGGGCUGGCCUAUCAAUGAAGAAUCACGAUUCUCAAACAGUCCCCAUGAACUGUUUGAGCCAACACUUGAAGACUUUACCGCAGUCUCUCCCCACUUCCCCAACUCACACCAAACCUUACUAAGGCACUAAUGUUUGGUAGAUACAGAAACUUUAGUCCAAUUAAGCC